AGAAGAUCGACAGCUCCGGGACGGUGCUGAACACCGGGAUCGUCCCCUACAACUACCUGGAGAUCGAGGGAGACGCGGUGGACUCGCAGCCUUAAGGUGAACAACAGAGCGAAGCACUUUAAGAUUUAUAAGAUGGACAGUGGAUUCUUCAUUGAUCAGUCGAGGUGUUUCCCCACGUUACAGAAGCUUAUAGAAUACUACCAGACUCACCGACUGGCUUCUGUGGACAGACUGGGAAAACCAUGCAUCAGGAAAGAGCCGCAGCCACAGGACCUAUCUCACACCACGGUGGACGAGUGGGAGUUGCCCAAAGAUGACUUUACGCUGGAGGAGCAGCUGGGAAGCGGCUUCUUUGCUGAUGUUUAUCGUGGCAAGUGGAAGAACCGCAUCAAUGUCGCCAUUAAAAUCCUCAAAAACAAUGCAUCUCUAAACCAGCGCGAGUUUCAUUUGGAGGUCCAGGUUUUGAAACGAUUGCGUCAUAGACACCUCAUCUCGCUCUUCGCUAUUUGCACAUCCUCUACACCCUAUUACAUCAUCACUGAACUGAUGGAGAAGGGCAACUUGCUUGAUUUUUUGCGCAGUACAGAAGGUGGAGCUUUAGACCUGGUCAGUGUGAUAGACAUGGCAGCCCAGGUGGCUGAUGGGAUGUCGUAUCUGGAGGAGCAAAACAGUAUUCACAGGGAUCUAGCAGCCCGAAAUGUUCUUGUUGGCGAGGGAUACAUAUGCAAGGUUGCUGACUUCGGCUUAGCACGAUUCAUCAAGGAACCUAUUUAUAUUUCAGAGGAAAAGAAGAUUCCAUACAAGUGGACAGCACCUGAAGCUAUCACUCACAACCGUUUCUCUAACAAAUCAGAUGUUUGGUCAUUUGGCAUUCUGCUGUAUGAGAUCGUUACCUAUGGUGGAAAUCCAUAUCCAGGUUUCACCUCAAGUGAAGCAGUGCGUCAGAUCACCCAGUAUAACUACAGGAUGCCGGCCCCUCCCAAAUGCCCCCGCUUUGUUUAUGAAAUCAUGAUGUCCUGUUGGAGCACAAAUCCAGAGGAUCGUCCUGAUUUUAAAAGGUUAAAAUCUGAUCUGGAAAAUGUAAACCGCUACACUGAACUGGAGUGAUUUUUCCUACUGGAGUCUGGAUCCAUUAAGUCUUUCCAUUAGGAAUACUGGCUAAGUGCUGAGAUCACCAGCAGAGGGCAGCACAGACUGACUGUCAGAGUGGAAUAAUAGGCCUGGAUCAAAUGAAAGGUGUAUGAUGAAGUUUUUAUUGUGUCAGGGAAAUCGUCACGGGUUCACAAGUUUGUCCUGUAUUUGUCUUUGUCCGUCAUCGACGGCAAUUUAAAACUUUACAACUAUGACACUCAACGAACUAAAAUCACACAACAAUCACUCGAUUGCCUUCCAUUUGAAUGUAAAACUACAUAAAAAAUGUGAGAAGAAACAAAAAGCUGCACUUUUUUUAAAUAUAACUUUUUGUAUACUUGUAUUUAGUACAGUUAUACACAUUACUAAGGGCUGAUUUAUACUGAUAUGAGAAAUGUAUUCGUUGUUCUCAGUUGACUUUGAAAAGCACACCGAAAUGCAAGAGUCAACAAAGGUGAAAUGAAUGAUUCUGAUUUUUUUUGUUACAUACUGUAUUAUGUGUACUGAUAUACUAACUUAAGCUUGUAAUGGAGGCAGGCAGUAAGUGAGGUUUUAAUUGUUGAACUGUUUAUUAAAACACUGGAACUUUCUAUAA